AUGGCCGACCACGCAUCCAACCUCAGUGCCAGUGCCAGUAUCGGUGCCAGUGCCAGUGCCAGUGCCACCGCCUCGGGCUUCUUUUCGCGCCGCCCGUCCUUCUUCUCCAGCACCAAGGGCUCCUCCAAGGGCCACCAGAACAAGGCCUCGCGCUCCUCCGUCUCCUACUCGUCCCAUUCCUACCACCGCACCAACGCCGCGUCCCCGCCUGCCCUCAUUCUCCCGCCCGCCCCCAGCAGCACGCCUGCGCCAGACGAGACCCCUCACGAGCCCGGCCAAUACGACAGCAAUCCCAUACAGCCGACGACGCCACAUCACCGCAGGCACGCGAGCCGGCACUCGAUUGCAUCCUCGGUCACGGACAUUGGCUCGUCUCUGCGCCGCUCUCGCAGCAACUCUGUCCGCACCAACACUUCCGGCGGCACAGCCAGCACGUCCUCGCACAAGAGGACCCCCUCCGCCAACCUGGCGCUCACCUACUCCCCCGAAAAGGCCCCCAAUGCGGCUGCCAGCGUGCCCCGACCCACCCUCUCCAUAUCCACAUUCUCGCGGAACAAGCAAAAGAGCAGCGAGAAUGUAAAGGCCGAGGGCGGACCAAACACACAGGCCUACGAGAAGAGCCCACUCAGUGCGGUUGACAAGCCCAAGACGCCCUUCGGCAUGGCGGUACCUAUGCCAUUGAGGCACCCACCGACACAAAAGGAGAUCCUGCAGGCGAACCGACAAGCAAAUGCAACGCUCGCACCAGCCGCGCCUAUACCGCUGCCGAACAGUGCAAACCCCAACAUCAUCUUCCAGCACAUACAAGAACUGGCAUCCAAGCGCAUAUCGACACUAGACUACCUGCGGAAGGCCCACGAGGGCCGCAUAUACUGGUUCAACACGCUGCUCUUCUCCAAAGCAGACCUCACCCGCCUCCCCUCCUCAACCCCCCGUGCCCAAGCCCGCCGCGCAACCCACUACCUCCUCCUCGGCUUCAGCCUGCCCACCAUCCUCGACCUCAAUGCAAACUCCCCGACCGACUACCUCAAAGCCCUCAACGCCCUCCUCCUCGAAUUCGAACAGUACCAAAGCAUACACCCCACCGACGGCAGCACCCCAUCCAGCCUGAGCCGCGCGCGCCUCCCACAAAUGUUCAAGCGCGCGAAUCUGGGCGGGAAGGCUAGGCGGAGUAGUAGCGCAACAGGCCUGAGCGACUACCCCCUACUCACGCCGAGUAACAGCGCCAACAGCGAAAGUUCAUUCGGCCUCGACUCGCCGCCGGAGAACAACGACCUCCUCCCCAACGAAUCCUACACGCACCUGCAAACACCCUCCUUACCCUUCGACCCCGACUUCUUCAGCACCUUCGCUACACUCUGUGAUGUCUUGAUUGACUGCUACACCAAGAUCCUCAGCAUGCUAGGAACGCCCGAAAGCGUGAGUUUGGCGGGCGGCGGCGUACCGAGUCUCGUGGGUGAUUUGUUCAACAAGGCGGAUGCGCGGGUCAGGAAGAUUAUUCUUGCGGGCGUGGUGAGGGAGUUUGAGGAGAGUUGUCGUGCGGGGUUGAAGAGUGAGGUUGGGGGCGUGGGCAAGGUUGUUUUGGGUGGGCUGAUGUGA